AUGUUUAGGAGAAAAGAAAAAAAGAAUAUUGAACAGCCACAGCCUGCUCCAGCUCCAGUAGCACCAUCGCCUCCUCCAAAACCUGUUUUUACAUAUUCUCCAGAUAUGUUAGAACUCCAAGAAAUGCAAAUGGUCGAAAGUCAAACUAUCUUGGACGGAGAGCAGAAUGCUGCAUUCAGCAAAUUAGUUCAAUGGUUAAAUUUACAUGUUUUUUGUGUUCCUUAUUUAUAUUUUCGUGUCAACUCAGGAAAAAUGGAUGAAAAAUUUUCAACUUUCAAACAAAAUGUAUUAAGAGCGCUUGUUAUGGAAGGAAUAGAUCUCAUCAAAAAGCACGAGACAUUGGUAAAACAACUUGAUAAUAAUACCUCUUCUUCUGCCGCAAGAUCUUUUGUAAUUACAAAUUAUAUCAAUAUGCCAACCGCCAUGAGUACAUGGAGAUCCAUAAAGGAGCAUGAUUUCUCCACCCUGCUCCUUAAAAGAGAAAUUAAUACCAUUAUUACCCUUGCCGUUCGAGAUCUUAAAAUUACAGCGGCAAACUUAGUAUCUCUCCUCACUUCUGUUGAUGCCAUUCCAUUGAAUUAUAUUCCUAUUAUCAGAUUCUCAGAGCUAGACCUCUCUACUUCUGAAAUUGUCGCAGCCAGACCGAUUUGUUCAUUAUGUACCCAAAAAAUCAUCGAGAUACAGCAGCUUAACAGCGAACUUUUCACUACACUUAAUGAUUUGACACAACUGUACGCUGAUCAGUCAGAAUUAUCAUUACAAAAUCAAAGAAAUCAGUUGAAGAACAUUUUUAGUGUUCAAAAGCAAUUUUACGACCAAGAAUCGAACUCUAUGAUGCUUACAGCAAGGACCGAUAAGUUUGAAGACCUUAUUUUUCAUCCAAAUUUUGUUUGCCACAAUCUUAUUUCGGCAUUUCUUCAAAAGCCUGAUGCAGAGAAUUACUGGAAUGCAGUUAAUGACAUUCUCGCUAUUUUCCAGAUCGAAGAAGAUGAUAAACCUCUGUUUUUAGCAUUAUGUUCUUAUGUACUCCCCAAUUUUGCAGCUCCGACCUUGAAGUUCGAUGGUCUUGGUUCAGAUAACGCCGAGCAACAGAACCAUGGCUUCGAAUUCCUCGCAACAACCGAUCCUAUCCAAUGUCUCCACCAAAUAAAGACAAUUGGCGUAAGGCAAUUGGCUCUUAUCGCGCAGUCAUUCACAACCGACUGGAAAUCUCUGUACCAAUUCGCUGUAGACUUCACUGAUUCACAACUAAUACCUUCUGUUGCUGAAAUUCGUCAGUCAAUCAUUGAAACUGUUCUCUCUAAGUAA